AUUUUUGAUAACAACACCAACAUCUCGCAGUAUCUCGUCUGCCUGUCAACCCUUGAACGAAUCCUGGUUAAAGUUCAUAUCAAAUACAAACAAUGGCAGAAAAACAACCUCCGACUGUCGUUGAGGGAGCUACGACCGGAGAUGUAGAGGAUGAAAUCCCCGUUGCGAAAUCCGCGGAAGAUCGAAAAGCAGCAGCAGCGCUCUCCUCCCUAGAUGCUCCUCGCGAAGACGAUUCCGCCGGUCUAAAAGACGUCGACCAAGAAGCUGUGCGAAAGGCAAUGGAUCGACUGACUAUGGCUGGAGGCGGGGCUACAAACGGAACGGCAACCAAGAAGGAAGAGGAGAAGAAGGUUGUAAAGAAGGUGGUCAAGGUUGAUCAAGCGGAUGUUGCUUUACUGGUAUGUCCAUUUGUCUGCCUGGUUCCCAUGUUCUUGUUCAGUAUAGCUGAUAUGUGGACAGAUUGAGGAGCUGGAGUUAUCCAAGAUCAAGGCGACGGAUCUUCUAAAAUCACACGAUGGGAUGGUUGAGGAUGCUUUAAGGUCUUUUGUUGCUCCUGUCGUUUGA